AUGAACGCAGUGUCUGGCAAGGAGAAGUCCGCCGCAGAAACAAAGCGCGAGCUUCAGGUAAAGCACAGUUUUCUGUACUCGAUCCUCAUGAACGAGAGAUGGCACGAACUCAACCUGGUGAAACGUGUGAAUUCAGUUCUCAUCAUUGAAGGUGGAUGUACCAAAAAGCUUCAAGAACGACUGAACAAACUUGGUGUGUGCCUGUCAUCUGGGAGAAGGGACACCCUGCUGAAGCUCUUAUGGGGUCACUUUUCAGACAAAGUGGUGCAGAAAAUAAAGAGAGGUAGUGUGUUCCGAGGUACUGGUGACAAUUGGGACUUGAAAAUUUUGAAAGGACACAUGAGAAAGGAAAUUCAGAAUGAGGAUCUGCACUUAUUUGCUAGUAACUUGAUUGAGAACCAAAUUAACUUCAACCACUAG